AUGACAGUUCGAUGUUCAGGUAUGGAGUCGAGGAACGAAAACGCGCUUUCAACCGGUGACAUCUCUGUGGAUGCUUUUUUGACGGAGCUUAUGAGCAUUGACUCCACAAGCAAAUAUGAAGGUGCUUUGACAGAUGAACUGGUUAAAUAUUUCCAAAGUACAGGCUGGUAUGUUCACGAGCAAGCUUUGACGAGCGAUCCAAGGAGAAGAAACUUGCUAGUAACAAGGAUACCUUUCAAGGCACCAGGUCCAGUAUACUUAAUGAACACACAUUUGGACACAGUUCCACCAUUUAUUGCUCCACAAAACGACGGUACAGUAGUCAAGGGAAGAGGAGCUGGUGAUGCAAAAGGUCAGCUGGCUGCUAUGAUUUUCGCAGCACAACGAAUUGCAAAGGAAAGUCCUGAGAAGUCGCAAAAGCUUGGUCUGCUUCUAGUUGUUGGUGAAGAAGUUGAUCACGUCGGAAUGAUAAAAGCUAAUGAUCUUGCACUCGAACCUGAUUACUUGGUAGUUGGCGAACCAACUGAACUCAAAUUUGCACGGUUGCAGAAAGGAGCCUUCAAGGUAAUCUUGAAAGCUCGAGGCAAAGCAGCCCAUUCUGGAUACCCUCACUUAGGCGAAAGUGCCAUUAAUAAACUUCUUGAUGUUCUACAAGAUAUUCGAACAUAUCCCUGGCCAAACAGUGAAAGACUCGGCGAGACAACGGUGAAUAUUGGCAUGAUAUCUGGUGGACAAGCCUUGAAUGCAUUGGCAGCAUCAGCGACCGCCUCACUGUUCUUCCGUGUUACAACUUCCACGGCGGAUGUGUAUGAGCGGUUAAAGGAAAUUGUUGCAGAUCGCACAGAAAUCGAUCUCUCCAAAAUUUCAGAGCCUCCGUUAGAUAUAGAAAGUUGUGUUGUACCAUUCAAUACCGACCUGCCCUAUUUCGUUGGCGCAAAUAAGCUAAAAGGAGCUUACUUAUUUGGCGGUGGGAAUAUGGAAAAUGCGCAUUCGGAAAGAGAAUUUAUACCCAUCGACGAACUGAAGAAGACAGUUGAUACACAUGUCGAAUUAUUCAAUAGAAUUAUGAAUCAGAAAUGA